UGUCGUGUGCCUUUGCCGCUCUCUCUCUCUCUCUCUUCUGGUUGGGACUGUGGGGAAAAAUAUACACAGCCUUGGGGGGUCAAUUCGAGUGUAUGCGCGCGAUGGAAAUAGCGGAAACUCCUAAGUUGCCUCUGGAUUCGGAUCGCUUUGCUGCCGAUAGCUUUGUCAUACACAUCAAUGCCUUCUCUUCCUCUUUUCCCACCACCACCGCCGCCGCCGCCACCACCACCACCACCACUCCUCCUCCUAAUAAUAAUACCAGAAUCACGAGGAGCCUUUCGAGGAAAGGAUCUCAGCGUGGGGGCGAGAGGAAGGUGAAUGAAAAUGCAACACUUCAUGAUAGGGAUACUGCUACAUCCUCACCAAAAGUUGGUGGGUCAUGCACGCCCGAAAAGGCCGCACUACUGGGAGUAGGGUCCAUCGAUCAUUCCAUCAACCCACACAUCCGGGCCCUUGACCCUAGAAGGGUACUCCUGUUCUUCGCUACCUUGUCAAGCAUGGGAACAAUGUUGCUGAUAUACUUCACUCUUGCAAUCAGUAAGCAAAAUUCAGAUGACUGAUGAUUGAUUUCAAUGAACCCCGAUUAUAGGGUAUACAUAUAUACAUGCGGAUAAAAGGGCAUGCGUUGCAGAGAAAAGACAGAACAUACACCAGAAUAGAAAUGUGCAUUUGGCUACUGGCGAUUACGACGAUAGAUAAAUGCAAACACAGAAGACAUGUUUAUGCCAACGGAAGACAAAACAGAUCACACGGCAUUGCGCAUUAGUUUAGCCUAUCGCAGUGCAUGUGGAGAAUCAGAAAUCACUGUUUUGCUCUUACGUUGAUGAAAUGAAUUAGCAUGUGAUGAACGUUAAUCUUACUCCUUGUUUUAAGCAUAUAUAUGUAUAUGUAUAUGUAUGUUGUCAAUUAUAGUUUCAACUUGAGCAGAGGAAAAUAAAAGAAAACCAAUAUUGAAUAUACUUGUAUAGUGUUUGCCUACGCGGCUGA